AUGGACAGUACGGCACACGAGCUAGAGCCCUUGACGCGGCCAAAAAGCGGCCGCAAAAAUCGGAACCGCAAAAGAAACAAACAAAACAAGGCUUCCCAAGACAUCGUUGCGCCGGAUGCGAACGAUUUCAAGCAUGACAGUGUCGACAACACCCACGUCCCUCCUCCCUCCACGCCAUCCACCGCUCCACCCGCCUAUACUUCCACCCCUGCUCCCGAUCCCGCUCUAGUUCCAUCUACGACGACGUUUGCGCCCGUGCCAGCGGAUAGAGUACCGUCUCCAACAGCUCGAUCGAGUGCAUCAUUUGAAUCUGCGGAUUCUACCGGCCACCGACGGCGACGACCACGGGGUGGGAGGAAACGGAGAAGCAAGGCGAUGAUAAUGGACGAUGAAGAAUGGUUGGAGGAGAUGGACCGCAAGGACCGUGUGAGUCAACAACCGGUCAAGGGAAGCAACAUGCGGAGACGGAUGCAGCAGCAGGGGGAUGUGGAGGAGGUGAUACAGAGGGACUUGAGUGCUCUGGAGGAGCAGGAGCAGGAGAGGGAUCAAGUGAAUGGGGUUAUGGUUUCAGAGCCUGGAAUGGAGAGGGCUCCAGAACAGGAGGCGGAAAGGGAACACGCACGGCAAGAGACAGGGCUACCGUUGCGGCCUAAGGAGCAGGAAGAGGAGGCUGCGUCUCCUGCUUCGAGUAGUACGAAACCCACUCUUAACAGGGCCUUUGAAACUGGAGUGAAGGCAUUCAAUAUCCGCAGGACGUCGACAUCUCAGAAUCGAAAACCCAUCACGAUCAAGACGGUACACGGCUCGCCCGACGAAGCUGCUGGUAGCAAAAAGAAAGAGAAGAAAGUGAAAAAUAAGGAAAAGAAGAAGGGCAAACAGCAGGUUGCUGAAGCUGCGGAAGAUGAGGUGUCUCCACGGCCGCAUGAGACUGGUGAGGCUGAAGAUGAGGCGGAGGAGCCUACGCGCGAAGAACCAUCGUCGAGUGAACGCGAAGUUCGGAUCAAGCUGGAUUUGAAUCUCGAAAUCGAGGUUUUGUUAAAAACGAAGAUUAAGGGAGAGAUUAUGAUUACGUUCAUGUAA